AUGGAUUCAUCAACAGCAAAUAGCAGCGGAACAGCCAUAAGUAAAGCUGAAUGGAAACCAGAUCAAAGUUCUUUGGAAUGUAAUGAUUGCCAAUUACCUUUCACAUUAAUUAGAAGAAGACAUCACUGUAGAAAAUGUGGUUCAAUUUUUUGUGAUUCAUGUUCAUCAUUUUAUUCAAUUUUACCAAUAGAAUAUGGAUAUACAGGUCAACAAAGAUUAUGCAGAUCAUGUAAUAAUUCAUUUGAACAAAAGAAACAAUAUUUUGAAACUGAUGCAUUAGUAGCACAAUUUCAAUUAAGAUCAACAGCACAAUUUGAAUAUUCAAAACCAUUACAGGAUAUUGGACAUACUAAACAUGGAUUAAGAAAAUCAUAUUGUAUGGCAAAGAAUUCAAUGGGUGGUGGAGAAGAAUGCGUAGUAUCAAUAAUUACACCAACACCAUCAUCAUGUCCAUGGUCAAUGUCAAAUGAAAAGAAGAAGAGAAAGUUUGAAAAAACUCUACUCUCACUUAAACAUCCAUAUAUUUUAACACCAAUAAACGUUGAGGUAUCAGGUGCCAAUGAUAAGAUAUUGGUAAUUCGUACAUUCUUCAAACAAGGUAGUCUUCGUGAUCAAGUAUAUAAAUCAAAACCAUUAUCACCAUAUGAUACAAAAUAUAUUUACAAACAACCAAAAUCAUCGUCAUCUUCAUCCUCAUCUUCAUCAUCAUCAUCACAAAGUCAAUCUGUUUUACCAAUUAAAUCAAUUCAAAAAUAUUGUAAACAAAUAUUGGAAUCAUUAUUAUAUUUAAAGAGUAAAGGUAUUCAAUUCUCUCAUUUACAUUUAUCAAAUAUUUUAAUUAAUCAAUCAAAUGAUACUUGUCAAUUAGUUGAUAUUGAAAAUUGUUUAUUAGGUAUGAAACCAUUAUUCAAUGAUUAUAUUUAUGGUAUUGGUUUACCACAAUCAUUUAAAGACAAUUUAGAGGUAAUUUGUUUUGGUCAUUGUUUAUUUGAAAUGAUCAUUGGUAUACCGUUAGGAGAUCAUUCAAAUAUCAAUAGUUUUAUACCAUUAUUCCCUGAUAAAGUAUUUUUAUUAUUACAACAAAUCUUUUCAGAAAAAACUCCAACCCUUGAGGAAUUAGUAAAGAAUCCUUGGUUUGAAGUUACAACAACAAUUGAACAACAAUCAUUACAAAAUGGUAAAUUAAAGAAAUCUCAAUUAACUUUUAUUAAAGAUAAUUCAAAUAAAUUCGAAUCACCAAAAGUAUCUUUAUCAGGUUCAUUCUCUUCAAGUAAUAUAAGUAAAUUAUCAUCAUCAUCAUCAAAUAAUAAUAGUAAUAAUAAUAAUAAUAAUAAUAAUAAUAGCAAUACAUUUAAUAAUAUAUCAAGUAAUGACGAUAAAAGAAAAAGUAUGAAAUUACCUUCUUCAACUUCACUUUUAAAUAAUAGUUUUAAUUUAUCAAAUAAUAAUAAUCCAUCAUCACCAUCAACUUCAACAAUUUCACCAAAUUCAAGUUUAAUAUCAUCACCACCAAAAACACCAAUAUUACAAACAUUUACGCCACCACCACCUCCACCUCCUCCAAAAUCUGCGCCACCACCUCCUCCGCCACCUUCUUCAUCAAAAUUACCACCAUCAUCAUCUAGUAGAAAUAGUUUAUUAGAAAGUAUUAGAAAUGCUGAUAAUGCUAAAAAAUUAAAGAAAACAACACCAAAUACUAAACCAAAAAGCAGUAUUGGUCCUCAUUCUUUAAAACCAUCUUCAACAAAAAAGAAAUAA